AAGUCGAUUUACCAUAUAAAAUGUUUUUGUUUCUUCAGUGUUUCAGUUUAAACAAUGAAACUCUAUUCCGUUUCCGAUGAACUAUCGUCUGUAGCAUGUCGCCAAGCAUUAAAAGCUUUAGAUAUUGACUAUGAAUUCGUGUCUAUCAAUUUGGUAAAGGCGGACACAUGGCAGAGGAAUACGUUAUUAAAAGUCUAUAACUUGAAAAGUAACACAUAAUAAUAAUUUCUGUAAUGUUAUUAUUACAGCUAAAUCCGCAAAAGGAAAUACCUGUUUUGGUUGAUGGUGAUUUGGUAAUGGGUGAAAGGUAUUUUUAAAAUAUGUUGGUCCAUUGAUGUAGUAACCAUAUAAAAUUUGAAGUAAAUUUUGAUAUGUUAUGCAAUUUCUUUGUACAUGUACAUAUCGGCAAUAUCUGAGUGAUAAGUACGAUACAGAUGGUAAACUGUAUCCAAAAGAUGCAAAGACAAGAGCGAUUGUCAAUCAUCGUUUGUGCUUCAAUUUGGCCAUGUAUUAUCGCAACAUUUCUGAAUACGUGGUACGUAUCCAGUCUAUAAUAAGCUUAAUUAUUCUUACAGACACAUUGACUAUCGCUGAUUUCCCACUGAUCACCGCCACUCUGUGUCUAGAAGCAAUCGAUUUCAAAUUAAAUCAAUGGCCUCGUAUACAAAAAUGGUACAAUAAUUUCAAAAUAAAACAUCCAGAGUUAUGGAAAAUCGCUGAGUCAGGCAUGGAAAAAAUUUGAGAAUGCGAAAAAAACCCACUAAUCAUGCUGCCUGAUAUGGAUCAUCCGAUACACCCUGUUCGCAAAAACCAAGCUUUUUUAACCGCUCAAAACUCAUGUCUUAAAAAAGUAUGUAUACACUUUGAUACCGUAGUAUACUUAAAUCUUCAUUUAUAUAUUGAAGCAUUGAAACUGUAACAAUAAAUAAAAUAAAAUAUAAAUAAAAUAUUGAU